AUGGCGGAGUCAGUCUUCGACGUAGGCCUUGGCCUCGAGGGUUCUCACGUACUGGUGACCGGGUCUUCAGGGGCCAUUGGAUCUGUUGUGGUCAAAGCAUUCCUGGCAGCGGGUGCUUAUGUGUCGGCAUUUGAUAUCGUCGAGCCGCGGGAACUGAUCCAGAAUGAGCGACUGUACUUCCAACAGGUGGACAUCACAGAUGAGGCCAAGGUGGAGCAGGCCAUGGAAUCAGCCAGGACAAAAUACGGGGUGUUAACAACAUGUGUUUUGGCCGCCGGACUGGACUUGUCCUACUGUCCUCAGCACUCCCUUGUCGACAUGCCGCUGAAAGCGUGGCAACGUGUGCUGAAUGUCAAUGUCGACGGGACGUUUCUGACCUGUCGAGCGUGGCUUCGUGGCAUCAGAAGUCACGCAACGCCCCAGACCAGAAAUAUCUCUGCUGUUCUUUUCGGCAGCGAGGCAGGCACCUUUGGGGUUCCAUUGUGCGCACCAUACGCCGCUUCAAAAUCGGCCAUUCAAUAUGGCCUUGUCAAGUCCCUCGCUCGCGAUGCCGUUACCAUUCAUUCACAUUGCCGCAUAAAUGCGGUCGCCCCUGGACCUGUUGCCACAGCACAAUUCCAAAAGGAAUGCGACGACGAUCCCUCUGCUUUGUGGCGUGAAGCCCAAGCAACCGUGGCAUUACAUCAACCGGUCCCGAUUGAGGCGGUCGCGAGAGCCUGUCUAUUCCUCGCGAGCGACAACUUUGCAGGCAAUAUCACUGGACAGGUGUUGCCGGUGGAUUCUGGGAAGAGCGGCGCCCUCAUGUGGCCAGAAGCACCAUAG